GCGGAAUCCGUCCGUCACAAACGACGAAAGUAGAAACCACUCUUCUCCAGUUCUCCUCCUCAUCGCGAGACUGUGGAGGCAAUAAUGGGCGAGAAAGAGGCUAUGUCGGAGGUGAAGGAGUGGCUGGCGAAGACCUUCGAAGCCGCCGGAAAAAGCGUUCCGGAGUUCGAGUACACGCCGCGCAGCGUCUCGCAUUUGCACCAUCUCAUCACUCUCUCCAAAGCCAAGGACGAGGCCGCGCGCCUCGUCGCUCGCGAUUUUCGCAUCAAGGCCUCCGAGUACCGAUCCCAAGCUGCAAGGAUUAGGGAGAUUUUGGAGAAUGUGGGAUUGGCGCAGGAGAGCUUGCCCUCCAAUGUGGUUGCAUCAGCACAAGUUCUUGCCAAUGUGGCUAACUUGUUGAAUAUAAGAGAUACUGAAAUGAGUAGCUUUCUCGUAGCAAUGGGUGAUAUUUCCCUGAGGAAGACUGGAGUGGAGGAAAAAAGGGCUGAAGUGAACAAGGAAUCCAAGCGUCUACUUGAUUACACCAGAAAGGCCAUAGCCAGGCUAACAUAUUUAAAAAGAACACUUGCCCAGUUAGAAGACGAGGUAGCUCCAUGUGAGGCUCAGAUGGAAAGUUGAAAAACGAACUUGAAAGUAAUGGCGUUAAAAGAGAACCAGUACUUGCAACAAUGUGCCAACUACAAGGCGGUGCUGAAUCGUGCAGGUUAUACCCCAGAGGUUAGCCAUAGGGUUUUAGUUGAAAUGGCAGAGCAUAGAAAGGAGCUGGAGAAGAAAACUAAGCCCAUCCUUGAUACUCUAAGGAGUUACCAAGAUUUGCCUCCGGAUAAAGCUUUGGCUGCCUUAGCAAUUGAGGAUAAGAAAAGGCAAUAUGCUGAUGCUGAGAAGUAUCUUGAAGAUGUAUUGCAAUCAGCCCUUGCUAGUUCUUAGUAAUUUAGUACUAUAAUUUUUACAGCCUUUUUCUUUGUUGUAAAUUUGCUUGCUUUCAUGAUUGUUUUUCAACCUUACUAAAGAUGUACAAGUGUGAUACUUAAGUUGGCUUUGCUAGGACGGGAAUCAGAUCAGGUGCAGUUGUAUUUUAAAUUGGAACAUGAUGGAAUCAUCAUCCAAUAGCUCAGGGAACAUUGUGGCAUGUAAUUCUUUCAUAUUUUAUCUUCAAUUGUGAUAAUUACGAAUCAUGAUAUUACCAAUCA